AUGAUGGAGGCAAACAAGACUCUAGUGACUCAGUUUGUUCUCAAAGGAAUAACAGAUCGUCUAGAGCUGCAAGUUCCCCUGUUCCUGGUGUUCUUGUUGAUUUAUGUCACCACCAUGGUAGGCAACAUUGGAUUGAUUUUUCUCAUCUGGAGGGACACCCACCUUCACAGCCCCAUGUACUUUUUCCUUAGCAGUUUAGCUUUUGCAGAUGCAUGUACUUCAUCAUCAGUGACUCCAAAGAUGCUUAUGAAUUUUUUAACAAAGAAUAACAUGAUAUCUGUAUUUGAGUGUUUCACCCAAUUUUAUUUUUUUUGUUACAGUGCAACCACAGAAUGUUUGCUCCUGGUAGUGAUGGCCUAUGACCGCUAUGUAGCCAUAUGUAAUCCUUUGCUCUACCUAGUGGUGAUGUCCAACAGACUCUGCACUUGGCUGAUAAGUGUAUCAUAUGUAAUUGGUUUUCUGCACCCCAUAAUUCAUGUAGGAUUAUUAUUUAGAUUAAGUUUCUGUAGGUCCAACAUAAUAGAUCAUUUCUACUGUGAAAUAUUGCCACUAUAUAAAAUUUCUUGCACUGACCCAUCUAUUAAUGCAUUAGUGGCUUUUAUUUUUGCUGCUUUUACACAAGCUAUUACUUUCAUGAGUAUCAUCAUUUCUUAUAUCCAUGUCCUCUUUGCCAUCCUGAAAAAGAAGUCUGAGAAGGGCAGAAGCAAAGCCUUCUCCACCUGUAGUGCCCAUCUACUCUCUGUGUCUUUGUUCUAUGGCACUCUUUUCUUCAUGUAUGUGCGUCCUGGGUCUGGCCCAGAUAAAUAUCAGGAUAAAAUGUAUUCGCUGUUCUACACCAUUAUAAUUCCUCUGCUAAACCCAUUUAUUUAUAGCCUUAGAAAUAAUGAAGUUUUAGGUGCAUUGAGAAAGUUAAUAAAAUAA